GUUUGGCCUUCAUCAUCGCCACAGCCAACAAGGAGUUCACACUCACAGCCGGGAAAUUUGUUCCGGUGUCCAACUCCACCAUGAUGAAUCUGGCGUUUACAUGAUUUUGAGCGCCUGCUUCGUCUCACGGAAUCCUUCACAUGGGAAGACCAGCCGACCAGAGAUCCUCACACCGGACACCGUACACUAGCGGGGUGGAUACCGCACCUUCAGGAAGUUUUGAAAUGUGUCUACGCAAUCUCCCUUUUCUCUCAUCUGUUACAAUCAGGAGUACGGAUGUAUGCAUCCCAUGAAUUGAUGUACAGAGCGCAGUACCCCUUUGACACUGUCAGCAGUCCGGGAUACGAACUCGUAACCAUCAUGCAGAUAUUUGCAGCAAACUUCAUCUUGAGCGCUUUCCUCGGCUUCCAAUUUCUAUAUGCUACGCUGAUUAUGGUCGCGUGCAGUCAGCUGCAGAAGCUUAGAACGAACCUCUUGGACAUAAAACAAGAACUGGUUCCAUCAGGAGCUGACUCUGGCAGUGACGGGGGAGAAGAGCCAGUUUCCCGCUCCGAGGACGUAUUCUGCCGCAUGCAAAUGCAACUGAACGAGUGCGUUCGGCACCAUCAAGCCAUACUGCAGUACAUGCGAACUCUGGAAGACACACUGAACUUCCCGUUUUGUGGUCUGUUCCUGAUGCUGCUUGCUUCACUCUGCUUUUUUUCCCUCUCUGCUGUCGCGAUGAUGAACGAGUCCGUCUCCCUCUUCAUGUUCCUACUCACCAUGAAGGACAAGAGUGAAGAAACUGUCACGGAGUAGCCUACUCACCAUGAAGACCAAGAGUGAAGAAACUGUCACGGAGUAGCCUACUCACCACGAAGAUCAAGAAUGAAGAACUGUUACGGAGUAGCCUACUCACCACGAAGGACAAGAAUGAAGAAACUGUCACGGAGUAGCCUACUCAGCAACAGAAACUGGAAACUGUGUCUGCUCGACACUGCAAUAUUUAUUGUGUUUUGUCCCCUAAUACUGAUCUACAGAUUCAACAGUUUCCAUAACGAAUUGCACAAUGUUUCAAGAAAACUAUUUUUGACAAAAUACGAAAUGCGGUCCCUCACUGUAUGUGAUUACUCGGUUUGCAGGUCAUAAAAAAUUUAGCAUCAGAUUGUAAAACUGAUUUAUGUCAAACUUCACUUAAUGGAAAGAAGAAAAAUAUGCAACAAAUGUGUUUCACAAAUUACACUCUCAGCAAGCAGGAAACUACAUUAUUAAGUGCUCUACACUACCAACAAAGAAUGGCACUUACUUCUCACAAUAUAGAAAACACAAGACAACUUGAUAUUCUCAGCUUUAGAGAACGACAUUUACUGCAAUACUAGUGUAAUAUAUCUGUUAUAACUUUGCAAGAACACAGCAUCAAGCAUAUAUAUCGACAUAGCCAUUUUCUUCCUUUCGUUUUAUUGCUAGUGGGGUGGGACUCAGUCCCUUGUACUGCGGCCACUUCUGGCCUAUUGUACCAGC